AUGGCCGCCGCCUCUGUAAAGGACGCCGUCAAGGCGCUUGAGUCCGUCUUCGCCGGUCCAACCGUCGCAUACCCGCUGCCCGACGAGCUCCAGCAGACCAUCGAAGCCUUCGUCGACAGGCACCACGACAUUGAUGACCAGGACUCGCAGCGCCUGCACGACGAGCUGCUGCAGACCUACAACAACCACGUUCAGGACGAGCCCAUCAAGCGCAGCGCAUUCCUCAGCGUCCUCCGCCAAGUGCGCCCUGCCAUUCGCGGCGAUGCCCGUCUGUCGCAAUGGUGGAAUCUAGUUAUAAAGCCCGUAAUAGACGGUGUAGGCCACAAGAGGGACGAAAUUGAGGAUGCGCGCGAGUUCGUGCUGGGGAUCCUGGCCUAUGAAGCUGACGGCGACGACGACGCCGAGCACGCCCAAGCCGCUGCUUCGUACACUCAGAAGCUCUUGGAGUGCUAUCUGAGACGCACUCGCAUGCCGACUGGAGAGAGCGACGUCAUUACCCCCGAAGACGAGUAUGUUGCCCGCGAGAUAGAGUCGCUUCUGGUCAUGUACGGCCGCCGCAAGCCCAAGGAGCUGCUUCUCUCCCUGAACAACCUAUUCGUCCAAGCCAAACAUCGAGUCCAAGCCCUGGGUCUGCUCUGUACCUUUGUCCGCGUCCAACCCCCACACCUCUACCUGGUCUCCGAAACGCCGCUUGUGGAGAACCUCGAAAAAUGCUUGAUGAUUGACAAGUCUGCCACGGUUGUUGAGAUGGCCCUCACCGUGCUCAUCAUGUUCAUGCCGCACAUCACCCGUGUACUAGUCUCUCACAUGCCGAAGCUUUUCCUGAUUUACAGUAGAGUUUUGUGCUGGGACCAGGUUACCGCGCCAAUGCCAAAUGAAACCCAAAAGACGGAAGAAGCUAUCGACACUGACUCCGACGAGGAUUCUUCCGACGACGAUCGUAGCGAUCCGACUUGGGAGAGACUCGAGCACGCCUUUGAUCACCCGGAAACAUCGGCUCCCGGCGCGCUAUACUACUUUACCUUCAUUUAUGGACUCUUUCCCGUCAAUCUCAUGAGCUACGUUCGUAAGCCUAGGAGGUUCCUGAAGAACAUCAACUAUCUCGGUGCAGACGACCUGGUUCUGGAUCCUGAGGCUAUUCGACGUCGCACCGAGCCUUUCCGGCAGGUCCAUCUCUUGCAUCCCAACUUCUUCAACAUGACUGCCGAGGAGGAGAUGAGCGAGAGCCGUUGGCUCAAGAGUGACCCUGCCGAUGUCGUCACGGAAUGCAUGAGCCUGUGCAUGGCAGUGUCUGCAUCUUUAGAUGACCCCGGUCCACCGCCAACCGCCAAGCUACCCGAUCUCCCGCAGCCAACCGCACGGCCCGCCCAUGUCUCUUUAGUUCCAACUGAAGAUAUACCUCCACUAGACGAGGACGGAACAACUUCUCCAACAGACGGAAAGCCCAGCAGCAGUUGGCGAAACACUCAAUCUACCACUUUGACAAAUCCCUCCUCCAAGGAUUUUGCGCAUCCUAGGAAGCUUUCUCCCCAGCCUCUUGGUGCUAGUCCUGAUAGUCCUACCUUACCAGGAGCUACAGUUCCACAGCUUGCUGAAAAGGAGCAACCACAGAACCUGGAAACGUCUUCAGCCCUUCUUGCUUCACCUCGGCUUGAAGCAUUUACGCAAACACUCUCUGCAAACCACUAUCCGCUCUCACAUACACACGCUCGGCUUGCGCAAAACCUUGCAACCCUGCAACGAGAGGUCAUGCUAUUGCGCAACGACCUGAACUUCGAACGGUACCUGAAGGCGCAGCAUCUAUCCCACAUCGGCCAACUUCAGCGGAGACAUAUCAAGGAAGCCACAGUUGAGGCGGAAACGCAAAAUCUAAUCAACACCAACAGAACGCUAAAGGCCAAGCUGCAAAAGGCGAAUGAGCUCUACGCACAGCUGAAGAAGGAGACGAUGACCGGCAGGAAUCAGUCAAAGAAGUGGGAGGGUGAACUGGGCUCGAAGCUCAAGACCUUCCGCGACGAGCAAAAGCAGUGGCACUCCGAGGAAGAGUUGUUCAAGGCAAAACUUGCCAGGGCGGAGAAAGAUUGCGAACGUCUCCGGAGACUUCUUGUCGAGGCGGAAGCAAGGGAACUGAAUUCAAAGCAAAACCUCAAGUCCAUCGAAGUGGAGUUGGAAGAAAUGGGCACGCUGAAACAGGAGAUCGAAAGCUUGCAGGCGAGGCUGCGCGACUUCGAGCUCAGGGAGCUUGACUUCGAACACGCAAAGGAUGAGCAAGAAAUGCUGCGCAAUGAGCUCAAGUUGGCCAACAUGAAGCUCGACAGCCAAGACGCUGAACGGAACAGAAUUGCUAGGGCGUAUGACCGCAAGUUUGCCCAGAUCGAAUCUCGCCAACCGGUCGACAUUGACACGAAGCACGACCCCACUCAGCUUCCUGCAUCAGUGCAGCAGAUGAUUGACUCGGCUCUUGCUGCAAGCCAUUCCAAAUUCAACCAACUGAGGAAGACGCACAACCGCCUCCUCCACCGCUUCACUGAACUGGAGAUGAAAUGUCAAGCUCUUGAGGCUGAGGUGUCGUACGCAAGAGGUCGCACAGGCGGGAAUGGCCAUGGAAGCCACGACGCACACAGCCCCAUCGAUGAGCAUUCUUCCAGCGGGUUCAUCAGAAAGCCUAGCACCGCAGGAAGCGGUAGCAUCGCCAGCAGUAGAGGGGCAAGUUUCGCGAACCGCUACGGCCCCAGAACUUACGCCGAGCCACUGCGGAUGGAUGUGCGCAGCGAUGAUGAGUUUGAUGAUGACUACAGCGAGUUCAACUACCCGACCUCCUCAUUCUCGGGAUACGGUCACCGGCCUUUCACAGCACGUCCCGAGCGCAGCGAGUCGCUUCCAACCAGAACAUUCCAUCCUAUGGACACACUGGGCCCCACAUCUGAGCCGCAGUCUCCCACUGAUACCAUACAUGCGCCUCGGUUCCACGCGUUCAAUCCUACGGAGCCGCUCGGCUCAUCCGAUGGCCGUAGUACAUUCAGCGCCAAUACGAAUGGCAGCGGCAGCGAUAAGGACAACAAGGUAGCAAAAAUAACACCAAAGUCGGAAGUCCGGGUUUAUGGCAGAGGCGGCGCCCAAAACGUUGGCAAGAAGAAAGAUCACACGUCCAAAUCCGGCACCGGCGGCUUCAGAGGCUUUAAGGGGCUGAUGUCUCAGAACUGA